AUGGCUCAAUCCGUCCCACCAGGAGACAUCCAAGCUCAAUCAAACGCCAAGAUCGUCUUCAAUGCUUCAUACGACGACAAGCACCACAUCAAGGUUAUCAACCUGUCUGCCCGUCGUAUCGGUUGGCGACUAUCAUCUCACAGAGAGCGUCCUCAGAUGUCGUCUCCAGAUGGUCUUUCUGAAUUUUCACUAGAACAAUUACGUGAACUACGGCUAGUGAUAAGAGAAGAGCUGGAAGAAAUGGAAAAAACUGUGAAGGAAGCCAAAAAAGAAUGUGAGCGUUGCGAGAAGGAUUACAAUGGGGAACUUCAUAAUGGGUUGAGGUCCCGUUUGGGUUGUAGUCCCAUUGAAGAUCUCCAAAUCAAAAAGCGUAUUGAAAAGAAGGAAGAAAAAUAUGAAAAAACAAGAGCUGCUUUAUUCGAGACGGAGCUGCUACUCGAAGGACACCAAAAAGACUAUGAACAUGUCAAAGAACUGAUAAAGCAUAAGAAGAUUAUAAUUGAAUCAACAGGAGAAAAAGACAAUGUUCCGGACAAGGCAAAAACAACUGUUCGUUCAAAGAGAGAUGCUGAUUCAAAAGUUACAAAAUCAGCAGCAAAACAACUAGAGGAUGAUUAUCCAGUUUUUUCGAUACCCAAAGAAAGUCGCCAGGAAGCUGCAUCAUCACCAUCAAAAUCUCUCAAACACCCGGAACGAAGAGAAAAAUCUAGAUUCUCCCAAAAUACAUCCUGUCACCGAGAAAUCGUAUCAAGUUCAUUAAAAUCUCCCAAGGACCAGGAUCUCAAGGAACAGGAACAAAAAGAAAAACAUAGAUCCUCCCGAGUUGAUUCAAGUGUAUCUAUGCGCAGACAAGAAUAUGAACUCCAAAAGCUGAACCACCUGCAGUGA